GGGCAGCCGCUCCCGCCCCCGCGUUGUGGCGGCGGCCCUGAGAUGGCGGCGGUAGCGGCGGGUGGUUCGGGCUCGGCGGCCGGCGCGGCCCCUCAGCAGCAGCCGCCGCCGCAGCAGGCGGCGGGGGGCGCGGCGGGCUCGGGCUCCGGGGAGGCCGGCGGGGGCGGCGCUGGGGCCGGGGCGGGCUCGGGCGGCGGGGCCGGGCCCGGAGGCGGGGGCGAGUCGUGGUACCUGGCGCUGCUGGGCCUGGCCGAGCACUUCCGCACGUCGAGCCCGCCCAAGGUGCGGCUGUGCGUGCACUGCCUGCAGGCCGUGCUGCCCCGCAAGCCGCCGGCCCGCAUGGAGGCCCGCACCCACCUGCAGCUGGGCUCCGUGCUCUACCACCACACCCGCAACGGGGACCAGGCCCGCGGGCACCUCGAGAAGGCGUGGUUGAUAUCACAACAAAUUCCACAGUUUGAAGAUGUUAAAUUUGAAGCAGCAAGCCUUCUGUCUGAACUGUACUGUCAAGAGAAUUCAGUUGAUGCAGCAAAGCCUUUGUUGCGUAAAGCCAUCCAGAUUUCACAGCAGACUCCGUACUGGCACUGUAGACUACUUUUUCAGCUUGCCCAACUUCACACACUUGAAAAAGAUUUGGUAUCUGCAUGUGACCUUCUAGGAGUUGGAGCAGAAUAUGCCCGGGUAGUAGGAUCAGAAUAUACCAGGGCACUGUUUCUGCUAAGUAAAGGGAUGCUUCUUCUAAUGGAACGGAAACUGCAGGAAGUGCACCCACUCCUUACUUUGUGCGGACAGAUCGUUGAAAACUGGCAAGGAAAUCCCAUCCAGAAAGAAUCAUUGCGUGUAUUCUUCUUGGUGCUACAGGUGACUCAUUACCUGGAUGCUGGGCAGGUGAAAAGUGUGAAACCAUGUCUGAAGCAGCUGCAGCAGUGCAUUCAGACCAUAUCGACUCUUCAUGACGAUGAAAUUCUACCCAGCAACCCAGCAGAUCUCUUUCACUGGCUGCCGAAGGAGCACAUGUGUGUGCUGGUCUACCUGGUGACAGUGAUGCAUUCCAUGCAAGCAGGGUACCUGGAGAAGGCACAAAAGUACACCGACAAAGCACUCAUGCAGCUAGAAAAGCUAAAAAUGUUGGACUGCAGUCCUAUUUUGUCAUCUUUCCAAGUUAUUUUGUUGGAACAUAUUAUCAUGUGUCGGCUUGUCACGGGGCACAAAGCUACAGCACUGCAGGAGAUCUCACAAGUCUGUCAACUCUGCCAGCAGUCUCCCAGACUGUUUUCUAAUCAUGCUGCGCAGCUGCAUACUCUCCUAGGGCUUUACUGCAUUUCUGUUAAUUGCAUGGACAAUGCAGAAGCACAGUUUACUACAGCAUUGCGGCUCACCACACAUCAGGAAUUGUGGGCAUUUAUUGUGACAAACCUAGCCAGUGUGUACAUCAGGGAAGGCAACAGACAUCAAGAGCUUUACAGUUUAUUGGAAAGGAUAAAUCCAGACCACAACUUCCCUGUAAGCUCUCACUGUCUCCGAGCAGCUGCUUUCUACAUCCGAGGACUGUUCUCCUUCUUCCAAGGCAGAUACAAUGAAGCAAAACGAUUUUUGCGAGAGACACUGAAAAUGUCAAAUGCAGAAGACUUGAACCGAUUAACAGCAUGUUCUCUUGUACUCCUGGGUCAUAUAUUCUAUGUGUUAGGGAAUCACAGGGAAAGUAAUAACAUGGUGGUACCAGCCAUGCAACUUGCUAGCAAGAUCCCAGACAUGUCUGUGCAACUAUGGUCUUCAGCUCUGCUGCGAGAUCUGAACAAAGCCUGUGGAAACGCAAUGGAUGCUCAUGAGGCUGCACAGAUGCAUCAGAACUUUUCACAGCAGCUUCUUCAGGACCAUAUUGAAGCUUGUAGUCUUCCAGAACACAACCUAAUUACGUGGACAGAUGGACCGCCUCCUGUACAGUUCCAGGCUCAGAAUGGACCCACCACCAGCCUGGCCAGUCUCCUGUGAAAGAGAAACUACCAGGACAAUGCUUAAAAAAUGUAGCCAAAAUGGGGGGGAACAGAACAUUUUCCCACAACCUUUUCUGCAAAGAAGAAAAAGCAAAUUCCUCUUCUAGCAAGGGCCUCGUAGGAAAUGGAUUGAUAAUCACAUAAUGUACAUUUCAUAGACUUACAAAGCGAGAAGGGCAUUUUAAGCUGCUUUUAUGUAGCCUGUGUGAACAUACAGCUAGUUUGUGUGUAUACUCACAAUCUGGUUUUAACUUGUUUUCCUCUUGUCCAGAAUUAAGGUUUAGACAAAGAGGAACACUUGUUCCUUAAAUUGGCUAGAUGUCUGUUUUUAAAAAAGACAAUACCAGAAAAUGAAGAAUGUAUUCAGAUUGGAGCAGUGAUCAUAAUCUAAAUAUUUAAACCCUACCUGAAAUGAUGCAUGUCUGCUUUUAUUGUUUUCUGUGCUCUCCACUCCCUGGGAAUAAUUGGAUAGAAUCAUGACUAGCCAUAGGUUACAACAAGCUUCAGAAGUUGGUUCAUGAAGUGGCAUCCUUUCUUCUUCUGUAUCAAGGCUUUGAGAGUGGCAAAAGUAUUGGAAUCCCAUCAUGAAGGUAAAAAUUAGCUCAUUUACUAGGUAGACUGUUGAAGAGAGAAGCAAAACAAAGUGUGUGGUUUAGGGUAGACAGUUCCCAAAUCCGACAUGAAUAUCUGCAUAGAAGAGGCUUACAACAGAAUAACACGUGCACCUGGGAAAUCUUGCGUUUCCAAAUGAUUUUCCAUCUGCUGGGCGGCAACUUUUCUGUUUUGUACCUCAAAUUUUGGAACCCUGCUGCUGUGAAGUUACUGUGUUUCUCUGUGUGCUGUCCAGCUGCCUGCCAAAAUAGGAAAGAUGUCACAACUCAGUCAUUUCCAUUUUGCGGGGUCGAGUUUGGCAGUUGUGAAUUCUGUGGAGCAGUGUCAACAGCUCAGAGCGGGGAUUCCAGCGUGUCGAGUGCAGAGUGGUGUAAAGGUCAUCAGACAGGGUUAAAUGUGUUUCCUCUUUUUGAAACCUAUUUAAUUCUGCAUAUUUCAUGAGAAAAAUACUUAUUAAGAUUUCUAAUCAAAGGAGUACUGCUGGUAUUCCAGUAAUAUCGGUAGGUUUUUUAAAGAAAUGCUAAUCUUAUGUUUGGGGCAACUUUCUGACCUUAAAAUUGUUGAGUCUAGCAGGAGUGUAUUUGAAACUUGUCUCUUGGGGUGGUGGUUCUCCUAUUUAGCAAUCUGGCAUCUGCCUGAUUGCACAUUACUUGCCUUCUAGAAAUCAAAGUCUACUACUUGAUCAUUGAGCGAUAUAUGUAUUUUUUUGUAAAUGGGACAAAAAUCUGUUUUGUCCAUGUAACGAUGGGGUUAUGUGAUCCUUCUGCUUGCUGCCCUGCAGCUGUUUAACCUCUGUUCUCAGAGCUGUGCUGAUGCACAAGCCAUGGUAAUUUUAGGCUUCGUUAGAUGCACAGUAGGGGGAAGAUGGUUGUCUCCAAAACUGAUAGGGGGAGAUGCUUCAAUUUCAGGCCUGCAGAGCAGUAAUUGAUGCAGCAUGAACUUAGUUUUUUUCCAGAACUCGGAAGAUAACAGCAUCUUUGUGAGCUGACAGGACGUUAUGGGUACUUUUAUGCAAACAAGCAUCCCUGGUUUCUCAUCAUUAUACAAAUAGAAACAACAUUUGUGAUUGUGUUGAUUUAAAAGAAGACACACUAUCUCCAGUGUAUGUCGUCUGGUUUUUUGUGUGGCCCAGACUGGAAUGCCGUUCUUGUACCCAAGAAGAGUUGUGCCAGUUGAUCAUGAGGAAUGCUACCUAGAGUAUACUUUGCUGAGUUCCUUUGAAUUAUAUCACUGACACUUAGCACAGUGCAGCAUUCCCAAGAAGGGUCCCAGAUUGACAGCUCUGGGGACAGAAAUCCUCUCUCCUCAUAAGAGCACUGCAAGCUUGCACCACAGUACCAUUGUGGCCUCAGUUCUCAACAGGUGGAUUCUGUCCCUGGCCUCUGAUGGGACUGCCAGUAAAGGUGCCAGAUUGUGGUAUGGAUAUCUGCCACUAGGAAGGGCACUGGCGCAAUAGACCUUUCACGCUGGCAAUCAAGCCGCUGUCCCUGCAGUCACUUUGUCUGGAUUUCAGCCAAUGAUGUUCAGGUGAAUGGUGCCAUAUUCCAUGUGCCAUCCAGACCCCUGUCUUAGGACAUCCCUUCUUUACUCUGGAGCAUGAAGCAAUUAGUCUUUCUCUCAUACAUCUAUGGCCGGAUUUCCAAAAGUGCUGAACAGACACCACCUCCCAUUGAAACACUUAUGGAAAGUGGCCAUAUUGUCAGUGGUGGUCAGCACCCCACCCCACCCUCAUGGUUCUCAACUUCUGGUUGCUGACUUGUCUUAAAAAUAUGCCUCCAAUUCUGGGUGCUGGUCAGUUGAAAAUCCUAUGAAAGAAUCUUGGUUUAGAAGUGUUUAUACUUUGCAUUUGGAUGUGUGUUAAAGAAUGGAGCCUUUACAAAAUGGGGUGGGAGUGUCUCUCUCUGUCUUGGUUUCUCGCUGAUAGGGAACAUUCUUGUUCUGUAAUGUAAUAUUCAAAUUAAUACAAAUAUUUUUAAAUAAUUCCCUUCAAAGAUCGGCCUAUUCACAAGCACUCUUCCUUUGCCUGCCUUCUUGUCAUCCACCCUAAGCUCUUUAUUCACCUAUCAUGUUCCCAUUCAACUGAAAGAAAUCCAUUAUAAAUGUUAGUCAAAUGCCUCUUCUGUGAAGCAGUGUGGAGGGGAGGAAACAAAACCAUUAGGGAUGGUUCACAGGAAGGGUCUCCAGACAAGCCAGGCAUGUUUACUUGAGUCUACACAGGUACGUUGCCUCCUGUGGCAUUACUGCCUUCAAGCUUUCAGGGGAAGUUAUUGUGCCCCAAAGUCUUGAAAGUGGUUUUCAAGGCUAUGGGUGAUGAAGAGGCCGUGUAUUAUCCUCUGUGCAGCUCUUCAGUUUGCAGAGGUGAUUUUCUAGCUUCUUGUUGGCAAUACCAUGGCACAUAUGGAUUGAUUUGUUCUAUCGGUAGAAAUUAUAGAAAGCUUGUUGUAAAGCGAUAGAAAAUAAUCAUGGGAAUUUCACCUAUUACCUGUCUAGCCAACACUUGCUUCUACAUAGGAGGGUGGUGCUGCAUUUCCAAUCUUCUCUGGACAGAAUGGCAUGCUUGUUUAUAUCUUUUGACAACUGACCUAUCAUCCACCAUAGGUCCCUCUAUUUGAAUUCAAACUCCCUUCCCUUUCUCCUGCCUUCUUCCCGUGCGCAGAAUUUCACAAACUGUGUAAAUUUGAAUUAACCUGGUAAUUUUGUAUCUCUGAAACUCAAUGUACAUUUGCUACAAUGUACAAUGCUUUUUGACUACACUUGUGUAUUAAAUUAUUUAAUAGUUAUAUUUGCUUUUCAAUACAUUUUGUAUGUAGCGCAGAUUAAAAUAAGGGUCUCAUAACUUAAAUUCUUCCUAAUUUUAAAAUGCAUAGUAUCUUUGGUCAUCUGUAUGUCAAGAUGAACAGAAAACUAGAAAUUUACAUUUUAGAAAUAUUUUUUGGUUAAAUGCUUGAUCGGACUUUAAAUUGAUUUGAUCAACACUGCAUAUUUCUAGUCUUCAGACUCCUGUCCCUUAAUUCCCUUUAUAUGAAACAUACACAAAGUCGUUUUUAUGAACUUCUUAAAAAAAAAACUGUACAGUUUCUUUAGCAUUUUUAAAUGAGUAGUAAAACUUAUAAAGAAACAUUUAAUCAUUGUCAUGUAGAUAGUGUAAAAACUUCAAUAUGUAUAGACAUCGCAAUCUGAAACAGUGUUUGCCUAUUAUAUUUUCAUUUCCUGCAGUACAGACUUCAGAGAGGUUUCAGCUAAUAAAUUUCGUACUUGGGAAAGACCAUUUAAAUUAGCUCACGGUUUCUUGAAAAAGUAGAUAGGAACUUUAUUCCCCUGGGGUGUGCGUGCGCGUGUACACAAGCAGAAAUGUAUGAUGGUACAAAUGUAUGAUGGUACAACAGUGUUAGAGCCUUAAGUUGGUAUGCUAUCUAUAGACAUAUGCAGUUGAGCACUGUUGUUUUACCUCUUUGAUUUCAGUUUCUCAAUUUACCUAGAGAAUGGAUAGUUAAUUUUCUUUUAUGACAAAUUCUGAUUCGUAUACCAUCUUGCUUUAAUGUACAGGGGUGCUGACAAAACUACAUAUCACACUAAAUUAACCUGAUUAGCAUUUCUAAUAUAUGGCAUUCAUGCCACAAUUCUGGAAGCCCUUUGGUGUCAGAGGGGUGGAGCAGGGAGCUGAUCAGUAUUUCAGUCUGUACAGAAAAACCUUUGGUGAAAACAACAAAGUGAAGUAUUAUUUGUCUGUGCUGUUCUGCUGUCUGUCUGAGCAAGUGAUUCGAAUUAUUUGCUGCAGUGAAAUGUUAAUGAUAGAUUGGGUUUGUACAAUGUAUUGUUUGUGUUUGUAGUUCUCCCUAAAUACCAGGACUACUACUUCCAUCUAACACUGUAAAUACAGUAACUGAUGUAAGGAGACGUAACUUUAGGCAUUAGUUUGUUGCGUUUGGUUCCUCUCGUUUUCUAUAUUAGAAGAAUUUUUAAUAAAGUUUAAUCUGACCUUUAAUUAAUUUUA